AUGGACGCGUACAAAAUCCUAAAACUUUCGCCAACAGAAGCCUACACAGCUUCAGACCUCAGAAUAGCUUAUAAAACGGCAUUACUGAAUGCACAUCCAGACAAACAACAGAAUGGACGCGUUUCAGAGAUUUCUGUUGAUCAUGUUCUGACCACGGAACGUUAUAAUGCUGUGGUUGAUUUAGACGACUUUGAAGAACAAGCUGAUGGCAGCUUUGUUUAUCCGUGCCGCUGUGGUGAAUACGGAGGCUAUAUUGUGACAGAAGAUGACCUAGAGAACGGUAUGGAUGUGAUUCCAUGCACGGGUUGCAGUUUGGUCGUAAAAGUUGCAUAUGAGAUUUGCUACUCAGACUAG